GUCAUAUAAAAACCUGUGGUAUAAAGUAUUUUAUUUUAGUAAGAUUUAAAACUCCAAUAUAUUGCUCUUUCUCCUGGAGUGAGACAAUAUGAUUAUUAGAUAUCUCUGCGGACUUUUAUUUCUUUCUCUUGCUUAUGGUCAGCAUUUUCCUGGCAGCCACUGUUAUGACGCGUAUUAUGAAUGUAGUGAACAGAAUCCCUGUUAUGAAAAGGAGGUGUGUUCGAAGGGAUGUUGUGUAAAUGCGACCUGUCCGGGUCCAGAAUAUUACUGCUUCUCUAACGGGGAAUAUCAGUGUUAUGAGGACGAGCACUGCAGUAAGGAAACCGGAUGUUGUGAAAAGAGCCCCUUAACGACCACCCCGUAUCCAUACAUGGAUCCCGUGGCCACAACCCAACCGCCAUACAUGAAUCCUGCUCACACGGGUCAAAGCAGGCAACAAAACAUGGGACACGGUGCUCAACACAACAUGGGCAAUGGGCAACAACAUCACAUGGGCAAUGGGCAACAGCAUCAUAUAGGUCAAGGUCAUCCUCCACAGAACCGACCUCCACAUAAUACGGGUCAUGGAGGAAGUCAUGGCCAGGCCCCUCCCCAGAAUUUCUAUUAUACCACCACCCCUCCCAGUCUGUAUUAUACCACUGCCCCGCCCCUGGCUGAUUACCGUAACUGUGACCCAUACUAUCACUGUACCACCACAGCAGACUGUUGGGAACCUGAGACUUGUCACAAAGGAUGCUGUGUCACUGCUCCUUAAAAAACAAAUACUGACUUAAUUUGUGAUUUUGUUUUUUCUUGUUAUUUAUUUUUUUUAAUAUAUAUUAUAAACUGG